AUGCACUCGAGACAUCAACACACCGAUCUCAAGUUUCUACCUCAAGUUUCUGGUCUGCCAUUAUCGUGCAACCGAGGUGAGAUGGAGCUAUUCAAGGGAAACCCUGGCCUUGACGACGACAUUUACAUGUGUGGAGAGGCUGACCAGACUCGGAGCUACUCUGUGGUGUUCCGCGACGAAGAUGCCAUAGCAGACGCAGAGAUUGUGAACCGGAUUCGUGGCACCAAUUGGAAUCUCUUUGCAAAGUUGCGCGGCAUGCCCUGGACAAGCGCUGGUGAACCCCUGCAAGCCCAAGAUGUCGACACAGAUGCACCAUCCGAGCCUGUUAUUGAUCCUGCGAUACUAUACGCAGAGGUCUGCAUGCGGUCACCCGAUCAGCAAAACGAUCCUAGUUCCAGCUCGGGCACCGAAUGCACCAGACUACCGCGGUACCCAGAGAACACUCCUGGUCUUGUGAAAGGGACGAUUACACACCUUCAGACCCUUCAGUCACGCGUAAUAGAGGCGAAGAUCUUUUCUCUCCACCUCCAUUCAGACCCCAAUCAUACAUAUCGCUGCUCUCGCCUCACUUGUCGACGCAAUUCUUACAGUAUCUCUGUCGGAGAUACCUUUGGUAGUGUUGCCGACAACCAGCAGAAGCAAGACGAGCCUUGGAUUGGAAUCAACGCUGUGUUCUAUUGCCUUGAGUGCUUGGCACAGAUCAUCAAGGAAUACAGAAUAGUUGAGAAAAUCCCUUCGAGAUUGCCAAAUGGCGUCGAUGGUACCACAGACGACGGUACUACGAGCGACUUUCGUGCGGAAAUCCUGGAAGCGGCAGAGAGAUUGCAUCCAAGUUUAGAGCAGAAGAAGAUGUGGUUUAUGUACUUCCCCCGAGAACCACCACUCGAUCAUGGCGUCGAUUCCAAUUCAAGUUUCGGUUUGCGCCUGCGUCGACAGAAGCAGUAUGAAAUUGAGCGGAUCCUGAGGGAUACGAGGGUAGAUCGGUGGCACGCACGCGUACUCAACACCUCGAACACGUCCGACAAUCUUAUUCUUACUGCUCGACCUGAUCUUCCUCCGCACCGGGAGCAAUAUCGAAAACAAGGACUUGAAUGGGCGGAUCGAUCGACUACUGCACGAGACGGUGUCAUUGUCCCAGUGGAGAACGCAAUCGAUCAAGAGCAUGUGUGCAGCCCAGACGAGCUAACGCGUAGCAGCACCUGUUUCUGUCGAGAGAUGUCCGACCAUAGCCCAAUCGUUCAAUGCAGCUCCAUGUUCUGUAUGUUUGGGAAAAUACACCUUCAGUGUUCUGGACUCGGUCAUAUUCCUCUGGACGAUGAACAGUAUCGCUGUCCAUUCUGCAAGGAGGGCAUGAAGGGUACGAUGAACAGUAACAACGUAACCGACACCUUCCAGUCCCAGAAAGUAUGCACUGCAGACGAUAAUCUACCGACUCACGAGGAAGGCCCAAUCAACCACAAUCCAGAAGCAGAUUCACUUUCCAGCAAGAGGGUUGAGUCAAGCGAGAAGGAUCAAGAGCUCGGGGUGAUAUUUAGAGAAGCUUCAUCCCUUGUUCGAAAAUUCGUUGCCGUCAAUGAUGCACCCAUGUGGAUUGAUGAGCUGCCAUUGAACAAUGUGGCUUAUUCUUGAUUUGGGGAUAGCUACAAUGCAUGAUGAGAGUUGGCUUCUCGAGAAACCUAGGGGGUUUGGAAGGGGGAGCACGUGGUUGCAAAUUGUAUUCCGAGUUUUGGGGUCGCUCAUGAUGGGAUCGAACACCACUGUGUCAUAGAUUGGGACACUAUUGGAAGCGUUCGACAGGCGUUUGUUUAACUGUCUUGUUCUUGGGGGCAAGGACAUUGGAAAUGCAUCAGCUGCCUGAUGCCUGAGGGAGAGCUGUUUGGCCUUCUUUAAGAGCC